GAAGAUGGAAGCUUCUGCUUUUUGCCUGCUUGCCUUUACUCUUGCUGGCAAGCCCAUCUAUCCUACGACGGAGGCAUUCCUUCGCUGCCAUUGGAAGCAUGCUCCUGGGGCUUCCAACAUAGAUUGAAGACCAGCAGCUCGGCAGGAACGCUCCAGGCCUCCGCGCCAGGUUGGACUGCUGAGACAUCCAACCUUACCAACUAGGCAACUAACUACAGGCUGCAGUUGCUGGACCAUCAGGACCAUAUCAUUGAACAGCAAAAGUGAACAGAACCUGCAGUGGAACCAGCGUGGCCUGAGAAAGACUUGACACUCUGACUCCACGGUCCACUGCAUGGAAUGAAGGUGACACAGAGAGAAUGACAGCAAAGCCUCUGCGAACAGCUUUCUCCUUGCUCUUCUUUGCCCUCUCUGGGGUCCUGGGAGGACCAGAAAUCUCAUGCAAAAAUGAAAAUGGUGAAGCUGUGGACUGGUUUACCUUUUAUAAGUUAUCCAAAAGGACUUCCAAGACAACUAAAGAGACAGGGCUGCAGUACCUGUACCUGGACUCCACAAUGCAAACCUGGAGCAAGAGCCGCCACCUGAUUAACAGCAGCAGGAGCGUUCUGGGAAGGACCUUAGAGCAGUUGUAUGAAGCACACAACUCCAAGAAUGACUCAGCCUAUCUAAUAUACAACGACGCCCCCCCUGCAUCUGUGAAUUACAGCAGACAGCAUGGACACGCCAAAGGUCUGCUGGUAUGGAACAGAAUGCAGGGGUUCUGGCUGAUACAUUCUGUUCCCAGGUUUCCCCCAGCUCCAGAACAUGGCUAUGACUAUCCACACUCUGGGAAGCGAUAUGCACAAAGCGGCAUCUGCAUCACUUUCAAAUACAGCCAGUAUGAGACAAUAGAUUCUCAGCUCUUGGUCCUCCAACCAAACAUCUACAGCUGUUUCAUCCCAAGCACCUUUCAAUGGGAACUCAUCCACAUACCCCAGAUGUGUGCCAAGUCCAGUUCCUCAAAGAUCCCUGGCCGGCGCCUCGCUGUACUUCAGUCAGUCCAGGGUCUAAACUUCGUCCAUUUUGCAAAAUCAGAUUCUUAUAUUGAUGACAUCAUUACAGCCUGGAUAGCUCAAAGGUUGAAGACACAUUUGCUAGCAGAAACCUGGCAGAGAAAGAACUAUGAGCUUCCUUCAAACUGUUCCCUGCCUUACCAUGUCUACAACAUCAAAGCCAUUGGGGUAACUCCCCAGUAUUACUUCAGUUCUCACCUUGACCAUUCCAAAUGGUGUGUUUCCAUAAAGAGCUCCUCAAAUCGCUGGACCUGCAUUGGAGACCUAAAUCGAAGCCCACACCAAGCCUCGAGAGGCGGAGGAUACAUCUGUACAAAGAAUCGGUACAUUUACCAGUCAUUUAAUAAAUUAGUUCUCCAUUAUGGGUUCUGUAACUAAGCUUGGGGAAGGGUCAUACCCACUGUCUUGAAAACACUGGCACUGGAACAUUUCACCUUUGAUCUAUUCUUCAUUGUUAAAGGUUUCUGAGUGUGUACAGCAUAGCAUCCAAUAAAACACUAUGGGGCUACAUUUACCAUUCUAUGUUCAAAUCAGGAGAAAUUUGAGUCAUUUGUAUUUGUCAUAUUAGUAAUCCAAAUCAUGGUAUGUAAAUAAGAGCAUGGAGGA